CGCGGACGCGCGGACCACGCAGCACGUGUGCAGGAUGCAGCGACGCCUCGUGCUACUGCUGGCGCUGGGCGCCGCGACGCCGGCGCGCGGGGAGGGGGAGGCGUGGUUCGAGUCCCCGCCCGUGCUGCCCGCGGUGGUCGCCAGCUCGGACCACCUGCCCCAGGGGCUGUGCAGGAACCACAGCCGGGAGUUCCUGCGCCAGCUGCGGAACUACACCCUGUGGGCGGUGCAGAUGUUCGACGCGUCCACCAAGGUGCCGGAGGGCGUGGUGGCGGGAGCCACAUACCAGAUGGGCCACUUCGACGAGUGCGUGCGCGCGUCGUGGGGCGAGGUGCGCGGCCAGUACUGCCUGCUGGAGCUGUCCUACCGCCCGCUGCGCCCCCACGGGGGGCAAGCCGCCGACCCCUACCUCAAGGACCUGCCGCCGCAGCUGCACGUCUGGGAGAAGCUCAAGAGGACGCGGGACUACACGAAGGUGGCUCGCGACGAGCUGCACUGGGCUCUGUGCCUGCCGGCGUCGUGCGCUGCAGAGGAUAUCCAGGCCGCGCUGGACCGCGAGCUGCAGGUCGCCGGAGAGAGACUGGGACUGCAGCUGUCCGCCAGGGUGUCGCCGCGACUGUGCUCCGUGGCCGGCCGAGAUCCGCCCUACUCGCCGGGGGAGAUCACCUUCGUGUGCGUCAUUGGUACGCUACUGCUCCUGCUGGUUUCGAGUACUUGGUACGACCUGAAGAACUAUCCUGCCGACGGUUCAAAGGAUUCGCUGGAUAUAGGCGCGGGGGAGGGGUCGCUGCUGAAGAACGCCCUGCUGAGCUUCUCGGCGAGGCGCAGCCUGAAGAGCGUGCUCAACACUCGCGUCAGCCACCCGGCCACCGACGCCAGCAACGGCCCGCGGUUCCUCUUCAUGGUGCUCAUCAUCUUCGGCCACCGGAUGACCAUGUUCGUCGGCCACCCGCUCGACGACGCCUACAUCCUCGACCGCAUAUUCCUGACAGUGAGCAACGGCUUCAUAUUGAACGGCACUCUGCUGGUGGACUCGUACCUGGUCAUCAGCGGCUUGCUGCUGUCUUACCACCUGCUGAUAGAGCUGGACGGCCACAAGGGUACCAACCUGGCUCUGGCGCUGCUCAUUCGCUACGUCAGGUUGACGCCGGUGUACAUGCUGAUCGUGUUCUUCCACGCCACCGUGUUCCACCGCAUGGGGUCGGGGCCCUUCUGGGAGGAGGUGGUCGGCACGGACAGGGACCGCUGCCGGGAGAACUGGUGGACCAACCUGCUGCACGUCAACAACUACGUCCACACGGAGGGAAUGUGCAUGUUCCAGUCGUGGUACCUGUCGUGCGACUUCCAGCUGUGCGCCGUGGCGCUGGUACUGGUGUACUCUCUGUGGCGCUGGCCCUGGCUGGGCUACUCUGCGCUGGCGCUCCUCUGCGCCGCCUCCGCCGUCGUGCCCUUCCUCGCCGUGCUGCUGACCCGCGCCGACCCCUUCCUCGUGCCCAUAGCGCAACAUGUACGUGAUCCUGUGGACAGCUGGUACUUCCGGAACAUCUACAUCAAGACCCACAACAGAGCGGCUCCUUACUUCAUCGGUGUCAUCGUCGGCCUCAUCAUGUUCAAAAUGAGGUCCUCCAAGUUCAAGCUUGGAAAGGUGACGUCGCACGCGCUGUUCGCGCUGCUGGUGUGGACUCUGGGCACGGCCACCAUGCUCGCCGCCUUCGUGUUCUUCGACCCGGCGCGGCCCUACAGCGCCGUCGAGGCGGCGCUCUACGCGUCGCUGCACCGCGUGGGCUUCGGCGCCGCCAUCGCCAGCUACUUCCUGCUCAUCGCCUUCGGCCAGUGCGGCGUCUACCAGAGGGUGUUCUCGUGGAAGCCCUUCACGGUGCUGAGCCGGCUGACGUACGGCGCCUACCUGGUGCACACGCUGGCGCAGCUGUACGACCACGGGUCCCUGAGGGCGCCGCGGCCGACUGCCUUCUUCUCAGUCGCGUGGAUGACUAUGUCGGACUGCACUUUCGCGUUCGUCACAGCCUUCUUCCUUCUGAUCCUGGUGGAGGCGCCGUUCCGGGCCAUGGAGAAGGUGGUGUUUGGAAGAAAGUGAAGCCCCGAACCUAGCGUCUCUCUCUACUCUCCAAUGAAAGUGAAUCCCCGAACCUAGCGUCUCUCUCUACUCUCCCAUGGAAGUGAAUCCCUGGACCUAGCGUCUCUCUCUCUACUCUCCCAUGGAAGUGAAUCCCCGAACCUAGCGUCACUCUCUACUCUCCCAUGGAAGUGAAGCCCCGAACCUGGCGUCUCACUCUACUCUCCUAUGGAAGUGAAUCCCCGAACCUAGCGUCUUUCUCUCUCUCUACUCUCCCAUGAAAGUGAAUCCCCGAACCUAGCGUCUCUCUCUACUCUCCCAUGGAAGUGAAGCCCCGAACCUAGUGUCUCUCUCUACUCUCCCAUGGAAGUGAAUCCCCGAACCUAGCAUCUCUCUACUCUCCCAUGGAAGUGAAUCCCCGAACCUAGCGUCUCUCUCUACUCUCCCCUGGGAGUGAGCAAGCAGCUUGCAGGGGUCAUAUCUGCUUGAGGUGUACUCCACACGCGCACUAGACGGAGACAGAAAACCAUAACAAACCGUCAUAUGAACAGGUUCCGCAUCUUAACGGCUAGACUGAAAUAAAAAUAAUAAGCCGUAUCUGCAUCACAAGAAACUCAGCUAAGCGUCUAUAAAAGAGGGAUUUUUAAUUUUUUUUCUCACAAAGUAAAUGAUUAACACACCUGGAGAUCAAAAAUCAUUGAGUUAAAAAAUCCAAACGAAACUAUGAUUAUAAAAGUAUUCAAUAAUUCUCUCGCCAUUUCCAGUUCAAGAUAUUUUGUCAUAGUGUUUGAUAUUAAAUACAAACAAGUGGAUUGUAACAUUUUAUAAUUUUUUCAUAACGAAAUAAUGAAUACCUAUAAAGUUUUAUAAACAGAUGUUUUUCUAUACUAAAUUUAACUUACUUUAAAUAAAUAUUAAUAUGUAUAUAUCUUUAUAAUAACGUUUCCCUUUAUCGAAUGAUUAUUACAGUCUGUAAGUUUCUCCUAUAUGUUCUGAAUGUAUGCCUUACAGGACAUAUACAAUGACUUAAAAAUCUUAGUAAAUAGAUUAGCGCUUGACAUUGCUUUCAUAACGGAGUCAUAAGAGAAUACAAUAAUCUUUAAUUUUUAAUAGAUUGUCUUCAAUUUUUUUUUGUCACGGGUUGUUAAUCGCGUAUUUUGAGUUUCCUGUUUCAUGAAUAAUUAGUUACACAAACUUUAAUUAUUCUUAUUUCGUUGUGUUUAUUUAUGGAAUGCUUAAAAUAGUUAUAAAUUGUGUUAACUAUCUACCUCAGAUAUGAUUCAACAUAAUAAAUUUGAUUUUGAUUUUGAUUUAAAAUAGUUUGUUUUAAUAUUAAUUCACAUGGUGACGCUUAUUUUGACUUCCCGCAUCAUAUACCUGCAUGGUUUUUGAUCUCAGAGUUUUUUUCCUGUAUUGGAAAAUUGUUAUACUAUAUAGUACAUAGCCUUCAGAUCAUGUGCAAAUCACAAAAAAAAAAAAGUUUUGCAUUUAUGACUGGAUUAAGAAGUAAAAACUUUCACUUGUCUUUCUUGGCAGUUAAAUUAUAGUCUAAAAGUGAGAAUGAUUUCAACAUACAUCUCCUAGAAGCUACUGUGAACAAUUCACUGCCUUAGAUGAAGAGAAAAAAAGUAUAAUUAACUGUAAGGCUGUGAGAAAAUAGAUGAUUCUAACUUUUCUAGGAAAGAUUUUUACUUAUUUUUUCCAAUAAAAUUUUUUAAAACAA